CGACGGGAAAGCGAAAGCCACAUGAGCGUGUGAUGUGUGGUGUAUGCAUGACUCAGUAAUAUUUUCCAAAUCUAUGUAUAAAGGAGAAACCACUUCGUGACAGGUCAUGCAUAUUUCCUCUAGAGAGUGAAGGAUGGUGAAAGUCGGCUGGUUUUGGUUCGGGGUAAUCAUACAACUAACUUUCUUGGUUCAUUCGAGGUAAGAAAUAUCGAAUGUCUGCAUUUUAGCUUGCUUACUGUCUGCUCUCGCCACGGUUGGUUUGCUUUCGGAUUUUUGGUAAUCAAUUUGUUUUCAGAUAAAAAACAUACAAGCACACAUUAUGAAUUUGUUCGAAACCAUUCUUUAUGAAACAAGUCCCAUUUUAUAAGCUUAAAUUUGUGAGGAAUAAACUUGAUUUUAAGUUUACCUGCAGGAAAUAUGCGCGCGAAAAUUUGCUUGUCAGACCGCCUGGUGUCUUGUAUAGAAAUCUGAUCUGAGAUUCUUUUGUUAUUGAUGGAAUUUGUUGACUCAUCAUGAAGGCGGUCAUGUCCAUUUUACUGAAUCAUCCCUUAGCCAAGACUUCUUUAAAAAAAUACAGUAUACAAAGAGGACAAUUCAAGACUACAGAGUUCAAAAAGUUUUUUAUGCGUUUAUCAAGCGAUCUCGCAAUAAAAUCUCAAUAUUUUAAAAUAGUGCACAAGAUUGCGGAAAUACGGCAGACUCUUAGCGCGAGGAAAGAGGCAAUAGGUUUUUUGGUUUAAAGAUUAAAUUACAUUGAAGGCACAUUUACCUUUCUGAGGUGAGGGUACAGUAUAUAAGGUGUAUUCUAUACCCUCUGCCUGACUUGUUACAUACAGUUUUUCAUUUAAAAAUGGCAUUUUAUUAUGGGUGAGGGGAAGGGGGUGAGAGGUAAGGGGUUGAGAGGCAGUGUGUGAGGGAUAGAGGUCAAUGUGCAGGCACAGAGAUGAUUAUGUAACAAAAAUAUAAUUCUUUGUUAUAGGCCAGCAAAUAUCCGUUUGAGAUUUGGCCCAAGCCCCUUUAUCAAAGCAAGUGCUGGAGCAAAACCAUCCAUAUGGAAAUGAAUUUAAUUUGCAUGUGAAUGAAAAGUUAUUUGCAAAUGAAGGGAUAAGCACCAGGACUCACUUUGAAAAAGGGGCUUAAGAUACAGGGCUCCAAAAAACAUGAUAUAAUGUACAGCUUAUUGUUUGGGCAAGCAGCCUUACAUUUUGCUUUUCUAGGGCCAGUUCCUGCUCUUCUUACAAAACUGAAUGCAAGACUGGCACUACAGCAAAGGACUGAUUUAUUAUUGGCCAAUAUUUUGGCUAACAAAAUUAGCCUUCCUGAGGGCCAUACCGCUAUACCUAGAGAAAACAUUUUGCUCAUCUUAGUUACUGAUUUACAGUGUAGUUAAAGGAUGACUUACUUGCCCUGAAAGAAAACUGGAUCGUUAUAUGUUUGUGGGAAACUGCUGACCUACCCCUCCCCUAAGCCAAUACUUUGCCCUAAUCGAGAAGUAAGUGUUGAUGUUGGCUUAUGGGAGGGGUAGGUGGGUAGUUCCUCAAAACGUAUAAUAAUCCAGAAAAUCUACUUGUCGCGGACUACUGCAUGGGACUUUUAUUUCGAGCCUUGAGACUUGCCAUGACAAAGUGAUCAUAGUUUAUACGGGUCUUACAUCUAAACCUCACUGUUCCUCAACACUUACCUCAUACCCUCUUCUGUGACAGAUUCAGAUCUUUAGGUAAUUGAAAUGCCUGCUCAGUUAAACCCUUAGAUAAGAGGAGGCGUGGCCACUGAAAUAAUACUAUUUUUCUGGGCCCUGCAGGCUUCAGUUUGAACUGAAAAUAAGGUCUCACCCUUUGAUCAACCACUUGCCAUACCACUUAACCUCUACCCCAUACCCCUGCCUCUUAUCCUUCAUCCCCUCACCCCUUACCCUUAUCCCUUUUCCCUUACUUUUACCCCUAUUUCCUUAUCACUUUUCUCUCACUGUCUAACCCCUCACCCCUGACCCCAUAUCCCUUAUUCUAUAUCUUCCAUACCUUUACCCUUUAUUCUUUACCCUUAUCCUAACCUAUCCUUCCUCACCCCUUAUUCCUUAUCUCUCUUCCCUCACCCCUCUUCUUUUACCCUUAUCCCCAUCCCUUCACCUCUUAACCGUUAUCACUUAUCACUUAUCCCUCACCCCUACCCCUCACACCUAAUCCCUUAUCCCUAAUACCUCUACCCUUUACUCUUUACACUUUACUCCCUCACCCUUCACCCCUUAUCCUUACCCUAAUUCCUCACCCCUACCCCUCACAACUAGGCUUAGCCACAAGUUGCCGAUGAAUCUCAAAAAAGUUGCUGAUAAAAGUGUCUAAAAGUUGCCGAAAAGUUGCCAAAAUUUUUCUGCUUUUCGUACCUUUUUUGGGUGUUAAGGAUUAAAAAUUCGCACAUUGCUUCUUAUCAAAGCUUUAUUUGUCAAAGUCCAAUGAUAAUAUCAGAGGUUCUUUCCAUUUCACUUGAUCAACAAAUUAAUAGUCUAUCAGAAUGACAUGAACAAAACAUGGUAAUUGUCCGCCAUCUUGAAAAACGUGCAACGUGAUACCGCUGACCUUGUGAUAAGGCAUCACAAAAAUCAACCCAUGGGGGGGGGGGGCCUUAGGCCCUAAUUAUUGUAUUUUAGAAUAAAUUGAAUAAAUGUCUAUCGAAAACUGACCAAUGUGGCUCAAAACGUGAAGAAAGUGGCCUCAAAGAACCUCAAAAGUUGCCGAAAAUUCUAAAAGUUGCCAAAAUUUUAAAAAGUUGCCGAAAAUCUCAAAAGUUGCCGAAAAGUUGCCGAGCAACAUUACUUGUGGCUAAGUCUACUCACAACUUACCCCUUAUUCCUUACCCCCUCUCCCCUCACCCCUUAUCCUUUAUCCUUCCCCCCACCCCCUACCCCUCAAAACUUACCCGUUAUUCCUUAUCCCUCUUCCCUUAUCCGUUAUCCUUUACCCUUAUCUCUCACCCAUACUCCUCAUCCCUAACUAAUUUAGAAGUAAGUCUUGAUGUUGGCUUAGGGGAGGGUUAGGUGGGUAUUUUCCCAGAAACAUAUAAUAAUCCAGAAAAUCUGCUGGUCGCUAACUACUAGACAGGACUUUUUUUCAAGCCCUGAGACUUGCCAUGACAGAGUGAUCAUAAUUUAUACAAGUCUUACAUAAACCUCACUGUUCAUCAACUCUCACCUCAUACCCUCUUCUGUGACAGAUUUAUAUCUUUAGAUAAUUGAAAUGCCUGCUCAUUUAAACCCUUGGAUACCCCUUAUCCUUCAUCCUUAUCCCCUACCCCCUACCCCUCACAACUUAUCACUUAUUCAUUACCCCUCUCCCCUCAUUCAACCUUAUCCUUAUAUUCAUUACCCCCUCCCAACUUAUCCCUUUAUUCCUUAUCCUUUCAUCCCUUGUCCUUUAUCCCCUUCCCCCCCCCUACCCCACACUUAUUCAUUCAUUACCCCUCUCCCCUCAUUCCUUAUCCUUUACCCUUAUCCCCCACCCCCUACCCCCCACAACUUACCCUUUAUUCCUGAUCUCUCUCCCCUCAUCCCUUGUCCUUUAUCCUUUUCCCCACCCCCUACCCCUCACAACUUACCCCUUAUUCAUUACCCCUCUCCCCUCAUUCCUUAUCCCCUUAUUCAUUACCCCUCUCCCCUCAUUCCUUAUGCUUUACCCUUAUCCCUCACCCCCUACCCCCCACAACUUACCCCUUAUUCCUUAUCCCCCUCCCGUCAUCCCUUGUCCUUUAUCGUUUUCCCCACCCCUUACCCCUCAUCCCUUGUCCUUUAUCCCCCCCACCCCCUACCCCUAUUCAUUACCCCCUUAUCCUUUCAUCCCUCUCCCCUCAUUCUUUUAUUCCCUUAUCUUAUCCCUCUCCCUUGUCCCCCCCCCACCCCUCACCCCCCUUAUUCCUUAUCCCCCUCCCUUAUCCUUUACCAUCCCUUGUCCUUUAUUCCUGAUUUUCCCCACCCCUUGUCCUUUAUCCUUUUCCCCACCCCCUACCCCUCACAACCCCUUAUUCCUUCAUUCCUUAUGCUUUACCCUUAUCCCCCCCCCUACCCCCACAACUUACCCCUCAUCCCUUAUCCUUUACCCUUAUCUCUCACCCAUACUCCUCAUCCCUUACCCCUUAUCACUUAUCCCUCACUCCUUACUUCUUACCUCUUCCCCUUAUCCUCCCAUACUACCUCACCCCCCUUAUGCCUUACCUCCUACCCCUCAUCCCUUACUCCUCACACCCUUAAUAGAAGUUUUCUUUUCCCUCUUUAGCAAGCAGUUUCAGGAUCAUAUUUAUGAAAGUAUUAUUGAUGGUGACGAUGACAAUGAUGAUGCCAGCAAUCGCCUGAAUGAUGCAGUAAGCAAUCGUCACUGAAAUAUAUUGUACAGGUUGAUUAAUUGAGUUGGACACAUGCAUUAGCCACUGCUGUGGGAGACACUGUACCUAUAUCCAGUAGAAACUCUUAAGAAAGAAAGUAAGAAAGAAGAAAUUUUGCCACCAGAAGUAUUUAAGUAGAGUACAGGGGGAAUUGUUUGCUAAAAUAUACGCCAUAGUGGUUUGCAAGAACCUUAGCAUAAAAAUCACCAUAAAAGGUUCAACAUAAAAUCUGCAUUUGAAGCAGAAGGAAGCCGGGGAGAGCUGCUGAAAAUGCAGGAAGGCUUCUGUGGAACUGUUUUGAGGAGCAACUGCUGAAAAGCUUACUUUCUAUUUUAACCUUGCCUAAAUUUCAUUUUAGCCUCAUGAAAAGUUGUCAAAGUGGAAUUUAAAAAGUAUUACUUGUAGUAUUUUGUAUUCAUUGUAGUUAUGUGGAUAUGUAUCAAUAGCAUUUUAUUAUUUUCUUUAGGAGUAUCAAAAAAUCCUUUCACAGUAUGAUAAAAAUGGAGAUGGCGAGUUAUCAUCCAAGGAAAUGGAGCAGUAUUUUCGUGACGCUAUGGUAAAAAAAAAUAUUUUAAAAACUUUAAGCUUUGAUUAUUACUGGCUAUCUUGUUUAUUUUUUUAUGUGUGUUGUUAUUGUUGUAUGACGUUAGGCCUCUGUACGAGGUGAGGAUAGUGGAAAUAAAGCACAAGACAAAAAAGCUGCAGCUAAAAAAGGAAGUGCCAAGCAGAAAAAUCAGAAGGCAAGCCAUCGAGCAAGUGCUGUUCAGUGGAGCUUGAAACAACUUGCUGGGGGAGUGUUGGGAGUACUUGGUUUCAUUGCAUUGUGUGCUGCAUAUAUAAGAAGAAGUGGUGCAGCUGGAGGUAAUCAUCAGUUUAAUAAUUAAUGAAUUAUUACUUAGCCUGUGAACACAGAUGUCUCUCCUUGCUUCUUGCUAUAGGGAUGUUUCAUGGAAGAGACAUCUGCAAUUCAGCCCUAAAAAUUCCAUACUGAUGACAUGAGUCAAUGUACAUAAUUUAUCUGGUAUACUAAAAUUUUUGAAGUCAGUGAAGAAAAAAGUGAAGUCGUGCUGCAUCAAAAUUUAUCGCGCUUAUUCCGUCUCUUUCAAAUGAAAUCUGAUGGUGUUACAUUCAAAUGAAACCUCUUCCGCAGCCGCAGUGCCUUCUUAAAAUGUAUGCAUUUUACCACAUGAUUGAUGUAUAGUGUUAACUAGGCUUUACUCUCAAGUGGUCUCGCACUAUUGUUGAUAGUUCAGUACUUUUUCAAUCUGUUGUCAAAUUUAUGCCUUCUAUUCUAUGUAUGUUUAUACACAUGUAGAUGCAAAUGUGGAUGUACAAGAUGUCCGUGCUGCACGCCUGCGAAAACUGGGCUCUCAAAAACCUGACGCAUGUGCGGAAAGUUCUUUAGUGUCAUCCAGAACUGAAUCUUCUCAAGGCGUGUCUGAAAACAAGCAAACUGUUAGGAAGAGGUUAGAUGUCAAGACAACAGAUACUAAGAACAAUGCAGAUGAUAAGGCAUCAUCUGGAAACAAUAAAAAACUGAACAAGCCAAGAUUAUUAAAUACAAGUAUUGAUAAAAAGGGGAAGGAUUAUCAGCAAGCUCAGGCUAUAACUAAAGAGAGAUCACCUGGUAGUGUUAUACCAGCCACAGCCAUAAGGGCUGCUUCUACAGAACAGCGUCCAGUUUCCAUGGUAACCCCAGUUACUGGUACACUUAUUUCUGACCAAAGGGAAUUAGUGGACGACAUACAUAUAAGAAUAGCGGAUGUGCCAGAAGAAGAUGUAGUGUUGAAGCAUCCACCAGGUGUGAUAAAUUCUUUUGAAAAUUUAUAAUAAUUCACUUACUGCAACUCGUUACUCAAAGAAUAAUGUUCUUUGGUCUGUUUUUACUUCAAGACAUUUGCACUUAACUUUGUUCUGAUUUGCUUUGCUGUGUUUGUUUCUUUUUUCAUCUUUCUUGUAGUACUCAAGCAAGAAAGAAUACAGGUUAGAAUUUUAUUGAGGAAUAAUUUUUGAGUGGGUUGUUAGAUUCAACUAUAAAAGAUGAAAAGAUUUUUUAGUCCCAAUGAGUCCCAAGCAGAGGAGUCUCUAGAGAGAAAAGCACCAAAAAGCACCAAACAGAGGGGUCCCAUGACAAAGAAGAAAUAAUAAGUUCUUGCAGAGGUGAUCUUGAGAUGCUGGCCUUUAAGAGAACUAUAAGUUUAAGAGUUCAGCUCUGGAAUGAGGUUGUUAGACAUCCUUAGAGAAAAUUUCCUAGAAAAGAGGUUCUUAGACUUUCUCAGAAUGGUCUGGGGUCAAUAAGAGGUCAUAGAAGUGGUUAAAAAAACAUAAUUAGAAUACAUGAUCAUUGGAGUAAACAACCAUCAAAGCAGAGGUUCUUGAGCCCAUAGAUCAGUGAUCCUUCCUCAAGAGAAGGGGUUCUUCAAUCUUAAUUAACUGCAGGGAAACGAGAUUUACUGCUAAUUUAGAGAAGAGUUGCUAGUACAUGUAUGGUCAAAGGCAGAUCUUAUGUCCUUGGAGGAUACAAUUGUAGUCAUUUAAGUCUGAGGUUUACCAGGAGAGAGAUUCUUACACUAGAUAAACGAUUGAAGAAGCAAUUAAGGGUCGACCGGCUGAAACAAAGUAGGUAGUGGUGAAAGUGAGUACUGCUUAAGGAAAUGGGUGAGAUGAGUAGAGUACACGAUCCUCCCCUCCCCUCCCCUCUGCUAAAAUACUUGUUUACCUAGAGACUUGCGUUGGCUUGUUUCUAGGAUCUCCCUUAUGAAGACGUGGUAAAGAAGGUGCUUAAUCAAGUUUUGGAAUGCUCACUGGUGAGUACAUUAGAUUGUAAAUGGACAUUUUCAACAAACAAGAAAAAAAGCUAUUUUCUCACAAUCGUGGACCCCCCUGCUGUUCCAAAGCAACUCUGUGUUUGUCACCUCAUAGUUCAGGUCACUGUUGCGCAGUUGCAAUAAAAGCCGUAAGUGUGAAAUCUGACAUCUACUAAUAGUGAGUUGGUUGUUUGUACUAGGAAAUUCAGGUUGCUGCAAAGCAAGAAGUUCUUCCAUUGAUCAGGGUAUGGAAUAAUCUAGUUAACACAGAUAUUUGUUUUUGAGGGGCAGCUGUAUUUUCUUCUCCAACUCGUUAGUUACUAUUUAAAAGUCAAAGUGGAUCUUGCCAGCAAAAACAGCGUCCUCUCAUUGGUUCCUGCAACUGAAGGGUUGUGCCGUGAAACAUCUUCAGUGGCUUUGCAGCCCAAAACUUCUCAAAAUUUUUCCAAGAUUCUGGGAUCUUAACAAUUAUUUUAGAGUCCAUUCCCAAGACUCUAACUUUGAGACAAGCUAUAAUAUACAUGGAUUUUGUUUGCUUGACUGAUCUCUCAAGAAACAAUGGGACAAAUGGACCAUACUCACUCACUUUCCAUUCAAGGAAAUUUUUGAAGCUUUGUGCGGUGUCAACCUACAAUGUUAUACUUGUAAGGACAAGGUUGAUACUGCCGACUCAUUAUAUUAUUUUGGACAGUACUGUAUAUGUGUUCCUUAUAAGCACUAAUCGUGUUAUCCUAAAACCUACUAUUUCCUAGGCUGGAUCAGAUAAUGGGCAAACAGUUCUACGAAUUGAAGCAUCUGAGAUUCCUGUAAGCAGUGAUGAGUUAAGCAAGGUAUAGUUGGAAAAUAUUUAAUAGCUGGAACUAUAAACUAAGUUGAAAUGGUUAUUUUCCUUUUAGUCUGAAAAGUGAUGCAAUAACGUUUAUUUCUAUUUUAUUAAUUUAUAAGUUAUUAUUUUCUUUUUCCAGAAACUGGAAAAACUUCUUGCUAAAAGGAUAUAUAAAGAAGUUGUAAGUUGUGUUUGUGUGUCUUGUUAAUAAUCGCCCCUAUGGUAUGUGAGAUGUAAAAAAGCCAAGAGAAACCCUUCUUUUAAUCAUUGCAGUUUAUUGUUUCAUUCUAGGAUCCGAUGAAGUUUGCAAUUCAGUGCUUUGAUCGGUGUUCGCAACUGCCUGGAAAGAAUUUUAAAACAAUUCGAGAUGGAGGAAAGAUUUGGAAAGAAGUGACGUCAGUUAUUAUGGAACCAUGUGUAACAACGGUUUUGAAACAUCUUGUACAUGGUAAGUACUUUUCUUGGCCCAGUCAAAAGCAUAAUAUAUCCUAAUUGCGGGCGACAGGAGGAGCCCGCAAUCCUAAUCUUCAGGUUGCUUUUACGCAUUUACGACACGUAUGUAGCCAGCUUCAUUAGGACGUCAACUAAGAUUGAAUGGAAUGGAUUGCACAGAAACCACAGUGAUGAAGCAAAAGCGUUUUGACCUUCGAUCGUUGUCGCCCGUACUCCCUUAACCUUUGGUUAUUACUAGUUUCCAGGUUGCAAUUGCGCAUACACGGUACGUAGUGUAACCAGCAGUGGUUUAGAUGUCCACUAAGAAUGAAUGGACUGCAUAGUAUGUUGCCAACUCUUGGAUACCUAUUAGACGUGGUAUACUUAAACAACGGAGAUAUAGAGGGUCGGUUAUUUGAAAGAAGUCUAACCAAGGCCGAGGUCCUAAUUAAUCUUUGGAUCUCCAGAUCUCUCCGUAAGUGGUUUUUGUAAGACGAUAAGUACCUUUCUAGUCUACGCUUUAUAUGCUUUCAUUAAACUGUUCAAAUAAACGGUGUUUAGGGAAACGUUUUGUGGGGCUUCUUGGGCAAAAUGAAAAUGUUUUAGAACGCGGUUUUGUCAAGCAUUGGCUAAACACGGUUUAAAUAACCGCCCCGAAGAAUAUACUUUCUUAUUAAUGGUUUCUAGAAAGGUAUCUACUCACUUUCGGCACAUUUGCGGGAAAAUUACGUGCCUGAUAAUACAUAGCAUCCCUCGCAGCUGUUUUUGUCUCGUCACGCAACGCUCUUUCCCAAGAAGAGGAGAGAAGCGUUGCGUGACGAGACAAAAGGGACUGCGAGAGAGACUUAUCUUGGACAGAAUAGAAUGGAACAGCAAACCCCUAUCCUCCCAAAUCAAGGAUGAAGCCACGCAGAAGCCAAAACGCGCUAUUUUUCCAUCCUUGAUUUUCGGGGGAAGGGGCGGGGGUAUAAAUUUCCAUCUAUUAAAUUGUCUAAGAUUGUAGAUAAUACGUGUCCCGUUUUUUCUUUUGGCAGCCGCAGCAAGUCCUACAUCAGUCGAGGAAGACUUGUGGUCUGAUUUUGUUCAUUCUGGGCAAGCUGAAGUAUGCACAAUAUUUUAAACAUAAUUAUUUUUUCUUUUAUAAAGCUACUUCCAUUGAAGUACUUGCUAUUUUCAGAUUUUUUUAAAAGAUGCAAGAAAAUAAGAUGACUUGCCUCUACGUUAAGGGUCAAACGUUACAUUAUGUUAUUACAUCUGCCGAGAAAAUGCUGUCACGUGUCUGUUUGAUAGUGCAACACUAUCUAAUACCAUACACCAGACUAUGUUUAAUGUACUGACUUAAAGUUCGUUUUUGUCGCAUCGCAAUAGGCUUUUCCCGAGUUGCACAAGCCUCUGUUUUUUAGCGAGGCUAAGUGCGAAACUAUUGAUGUGAAAAUGAUUUUCUAUUCUCAUACAAAUAAAACUCAUUUUCACAAGAAAGGUUUUGCACUUAGUCAGCCUUAAUUUUGAAAGUGGGAGUUUUUGUAACUCGGAAAUGGCCUGUCAAGCAGACCUCUCACAAUUUUGUCGUUUGUCUCGCGAAUUCUUCACUCAUCGAAGUCAACUGGGAGGAAAAGUCUACAUGUCGAGCUUAGCAUUCUUGGCGAGAAGCGAAAAAACCCGUUUCUUUUGUCAGACGUCUUAGUUUAAAAUACUUUUGUACGUGACCUUUCUUGCGACCUCUGGUGCGCUUCUCAGUAAAAAUGAGUGAUUUCUUCUUUAGACCACGCUUAACUGCGAUGUUUGUACCAUAUCUUCUCGCGACAAAAUGCACCAAGAUUCUUGAAGUAAACUGUCAACUUGUCCUGACGUUUUUGCAUUUGUUUGGAUUGGAAGAUGCACCUGGAAUGAGUUCAUGGUCCUGAAGCCACUAACUCGACUACGUAGCCAGAUAGCCAACUGUUUGGGAGCACAAAGUUAAAGAUAUUCAUUUUUGUCUAUACUAACCAAGAUCUUUUCGUGUUUCAAUGCCAGGCACCUUCUCUGUACUUUCUUGGUAGCCUUGGAGGCUGGUCAUGUGACGGCGUGACAGUUAACGGCGAACUUCUUUCAAGACUUUUGGAGAAAGCAAAGCAAGAUUCAGAAGUGAAAGAUACCUUUGUUGAAAUGGUAUGUCUAUCCACAGAUCGAGGGAAGGCGCGCCAGAGACCUGGUGACUGAGGAAUUGUUCUUAACUGUGUUACGAAUUUCUUCUCAUUGGAAGUAUACUCUUGCCCGAACAGUAUUACUUUGCAAAUGGCUAUAACAAGUUCGUAAUUUCCGCUUUAAAACACUAAGCGCUUCUGAAAGUACAUUCCAAAAAAGGUUUAGAAAAUCAGUGACUCAUUUACAUAGUAUUUGACAUAAAACACUGAAAAUGUAAACGGUAGCUUUGAAGUUGCUUGCCUUAGUUUUUGCAAAUUUCCCUGGUUUCUAGUCGUUGUGCAUUUCUUUUAUUUGUGGCACAUUCCAGAUAUAAUGAAUGUUGCUGACAUUUUUGUUCAGUACCCAAAUUAAAAUGUACCAUCGUUGUUCUUUUAUUUUCCUUAAUCGAGAUGAUGUUUUAUUUUGUUCAAGGUAACUGUCGGAGGAAGAAAAAUUGCUCAGUAUAAGAGGUUUGUAACUUAAAUUUUAGUGUCCCCUUCGAUUUCCUCUUCCCUCCCUCGCAGUGGUGAGCAAGCUCUUUAUUUGGGGGUUGAAAUGCUGUUUUAGGUACACUUUGCAAGUCUGCAAAUACGAUUUUUUUUUAUUAAGGACAUAUAUCCGAUCAUGUCACUGUUUCAGUCGGACAAACCAGAAAAGCUGUGGGACAUUCAUUGUGUCGACUUAAGAUUUUUUUAAAACUACUGUGCAAAUCUGCGCUACUAAAUGAUAGUCUUUGGUACCGUAAAUCCUCUAUUAAGCCCCCUUUCAAAUAAGCCCCCCCCCCUGGCCCUUCCUUUUCAGGGAAGAAAGUUAAUAAGCCCCUCUUUCCUCCCUGAUCCAGGAUGGUUGUUUAUUCACCAGGUGGAAGAUGUUUUUGAUUCCCGGCUGCAUGACCUCCAGCUUCUUGUACUUGAGCUUUUCCACUUUGCAUUCUAGUUCUUUAUGGAUAACUGAUGCCAUCAUCUUUAGUAAAUUAAAAAGCCCCCCUCUCAAAUAAGCCUCCUGUCUCUGUUAAGCCCCCCCCCACCCCUCAAAUGUGUUUGAAAUAAGUAAGCCUCCCUCCCGCAGGUAGGUUUUUUUUCGUAUAUGCGAAAUUGUAGUCGGACAUUGUCAGAUGACCAAGUCUUAUUUGAAGCCCUGCUUUGCUCCAAUUUCGUCUUAACUGUGCGUGCUGUUUAUUGAUGUCAUUGUGUGUUUCAAAUCUCUUUUAUCAUCUCCAAAAAUAGGAUCAACGAGAUAACAUUAGAGAGCAAAAGUGUUUUUAGAGGACUGGAAAUUCUUCUUUCGCAGGUAGCGUACACAGCCGGACUAAACUGUUUACUUUCCGUUUUUGUUUAUCAAGAAAUAUCCUGUCUUAAAUGAGAGAUAGAGUGUUCAUGUUUUAGAUCGCAUUAUUAUGUUAUGUACAUGUGUACUAAACACGAAGUUUAGCAACCUUUUUUCUCUUAUAUUUUAGCCUACCAUGACGGAGUUUCUUGCAGAAGCCCUUGAAAAAGAACUGGAUUAUGGCGUUAAAGAACUGGUAAUUAUUUUACCCCUGAUUAAUUAUUUCACUUCUGAUAAAGUUUGCAUUGUCGUUAUUGAAACCUUGAGUUAAAAAUAGCUUUCCUUGUCUUCUGUCUUUGCAGGGUAUUUUCUUUCAAGAGAAGUCACUGUUUUCAUCAUUUCUGAAAAUUUCUACACUCGAUGUUAAAGUAGACAAGUCUCGUGUGGCUUCAUGCUUCUUUGAGCUGCCUCACUUUCCCCAGGCUUUCCGCAGCGAUGUUGAUCAACUUCAGGUACUGUCUUGUAUGUUUCUUUAGUGAAGAAAGUUUGUCUUUCUGCUAAGGUUUUUCUUUCAGGAACAAAAUAUUAACGCACCGUUACGAAGGGACGUAACGAACGCACUUUUACCUUUGCGUCUUGAAAUACUAGGGGUGCCCUAGUGAUGGGUUAAUGUCCCAUCGAGGGGAGGGGAGAGGGGCUUCGAAGCAGUAUUCUGUGUGGCUUCACUCUAGAGGAAGUAGUUUCAGGAGGUGGGUGACCUGUGACUCGUUAAGACUCUCUUUCCCAUUGUCCACUGGCCAUCCACACAGACGUUCGUUUGGCUCGUCACGCAAUCCUGCCUAACGAACGCUUUUGAGAAGGAAAGCGUGACAAAGCCCUAAGAACGUUUGUGUGGGAGGCUUAUUGUCCACUUGAUGCAUAACAAUUUUGUCAGCAACUGACAGCUUUUGCCUUUGUUUGUACAGUCGCAGAUCAUGGACGGCAUUCAUUCCUGUCAGAAUGUUGUUUACAAGGCGCUUGUGAAACUACUGAAAUCUAACAUCAAGGACAGGUCAGACAGACAUUGUUACCAAGCAGAUGGCCUGCGCGGCAGGCGUUCGAAAGGAUAAUAAGGGGGAAGGAGAUUCCCGCGCAAGAAGCGCAAAAUGCUCGCGAGGCUCCCUUCUUUCGUGCGUGGUCUCGCGCCUAAAUUUUCUUCCCCCUUCCUUUCGAACUCAAUCCAGGCUACCAUGCAGAAACCGUAUCUCUUAGCUUAGAAACUUGUUCUCUGUCUUAUGCUCUUAGAAGGUCAAGUCUUGGGUUCCUUCCCCCCCCCCUGGAAACCCAAUAACGUCUUGAGAUUUGUGAUGUUUUAGUGUAAUCCCUGAGGUCAAAAUCUACUUCUAAAUACACGAUCCCAGUAUUUCAAACUUAGCAACUCCUUAAGUGACCUGUUGCAUUGCAAAGUUAAAUUUUCACACUUAAACUGAGCAGACAGAGGACUCACGUUUAUACGGCAAGUCAAAAUUUUUUCUGCUGGGAGGAAAAUAUUGUGGGGAUGGUGGACAACUGGAACAGAGCAUUUAAAACAUUUUGAGGUUGAAAACGUCAACAUAGGACUGUGGCAACGAUAAGCAAUUAGGAAUAAUGUGAUUACCUUUUCAUUUACAUGCUGUUGAAUGAAUUAUUUCAAGCAAACUUCCUGCCUGACUGCCAAGCUUUCUUUUUCAUGUUUAGUGCGUUAGCAUGGCUGGCUGGUGUUGUGUCACUUAAUGAUUUGAGGCUGUCACCAAAUUUGCCACGAGAUAAUUUCAAGACAGCAGUUGCAAGCGAUGGUAAGAUUCAAAGUUGUUUUGAACAGUCGGCACAGGCUUACUGUCCUUUAGAAAUUGUUGCCCUGUGCAUUUUUGAUGGUCAUUAAGUGAGUCAUAAGUUAAAUGAUUGAUUUGCAAAACAGUCGGCUUCUUUCUUGUGAAAAUUCAGUGUUAGUCGUAAGGCGCGCAAGAAAUCUCACGUGGACGUAGGGCAUCCCCUUGCCCUUUGUUUGACAAGUGCUUGUGUUCUCAGUUGACCAAUGCAAAAAUACGACUAUAGUUGAUAUGUAAUUUUGAUGACUAUUUCUUAGUUGUAGUUAUUUUUUGAACAGCAUACUAGACUGACAAUUUGAGAUUUUUAAAAUUAGUCUUUUUAAUCCCCAGCCUUCAUGUUGGAGGUCACUUUCCCAGGUCCCUUGUGGGUGUUUUUUUUUUUUUCGAUAUCUGCUUUGUCCGUGAUCUGGGAGAGCUGAUUGCCGUAUGUUUUGUUUUACACCCGGGUCCAGUUGCUCAAAAAGUCGAUAAAGUUAUCCACUGGAUAAGGUAAUUGGUUUCCCCAAUACUUAUCCGCUUCAUAGUGAUUUAUCAGGUGGAUUGCGCGAUCCAGCUUUCAAACAACCGAGACCAGGCAUCUUAUCUGUGUCUUGAUUCCAUUGCAGGCUUUAUGAUGAACCUAUGCACAGUCGCUCUACAGCUUUGUGAUUCAUUCCUACUUUCCAAAGGAAAAGUAAAGUAUAAACAGAUAGAACCGUAUUACUGUACCUCUAGAAGCUGCCGUCUGAGAUUUGACAACGAACGUACGCUGGCAGGUGGACAUAUUGGUUAGUAAAAAAAUGUUUUUUUGUUGUUGACGCUCAUUGUUAUAUUUACGUGAUUUUGUUUCCAUAAAACACUGAAAACUGUGAUUUACUGUUUGAUGUGUUUUAUUCCACACCCCCUCCCCCCCUUAGACUCGUUUCCAGGGUGUCUUCUCGAUCUUGCUCACUUGAGGAGGGACCCUGGAAACGAGGUGUUACAACUCGCACUCUUCGAAAAGCCACCCCUAUGAAACAUAAGAAGAAAGGUUAGUGCGCGUUGUUCCGUGCGAGAGGUUCGGAGUUCCAUUCCCAGGUGUGACUACAAGUCUGUCUUUCGACUUCUUUCCUUUCUGUGUAGCUUUAUGUAGCUUUAAAUACCCGUAAAACGGGGCUCUUAGGAUGGCAUCAGCUUUGUUAAGAGUUACCAAGGUAAACAAAGGACCUUUAACUGAACAUUAAAUUACUUUGCAUGGAGGUGCCUAGAUUUUCAUGUUUAUCUUGAUUGACUUGCUCUUUUCUUAAUUCAGGUACGGAUACUGAGGAGAGAACGGAUUUACACAGUAUACUUUUCCCUUCUGAAGAACUGAAAGGUGUGUGUGGGUAGCCUAGAAACGACAAAAUGGAGACAUUCAGUAUAUUGAACUUUACCCAGCAGCGUGAAUGUCUCGGCCCGCCCUUAUUUUUUGGGUGGCUUAGACAGUAAAAGGUGAACCCUAACCUGUCAAUCGCAAAGUUGGUCACCGAAAGACAUUUUAUACAAGAGGGAAACGUACCAUAUUUCAUUGGCAUCAGUAGGAAGUGUUUAGCAGUUUUAAUUGUUUCAUUUGCCCGUCCGCACUUUCGAAUUUCAAUCAAAGACUCGAAAAUUAGAACCAACUUUUACAGCAUAAUAAACAGUACCACGGGAGAGUACUGCUUAGCAGUGUUUUAUUUGAAUGUUCAAACUUAAAGAUUUCAUCCAGGGACUGAAAAGUUAAUUAUUAGUAGAAACACCAGCAUACAGUUCCACAGGAAAUAAUUGCUCAGUAGAUUUUAUUUGUAUCGUCAAAGUCACAGACUCAGUGAAACGUUAGAACUCUGUACGAGGUGGUUCUAAACAGUACCACGGGAGAAUAUUGUUGAAUAGCCUUCUCUUGAAUGGUCAAACUGUACGAUUUCGUCUACGGACUCCAAAGUCAGAUUCAUUUCCUACAGCGUCAUUAACCCUUUAGCCCCAAUAGUGAUCAACAUCAAUUUUCUCCUAACGAUAUCCAUAUAUUGUCAAGAGAUAAGGUUAUGAGAAUUAAUAACACGAUCACCACAGAUAAAAUGCCUUGAUCUAUUAUCAAAUUCUCUCAACUCAUUCUUUAAGAAAAUGUAUAGAAACCAUUUUGGAGAAUUUGUAUGUGAAUAUUGGUGCUUAAAGGGUUAACAGUACAACAGGAAAGUACGGCUCAUUAUCUGUCAUGAGAUUAGUGCCAACUUGGGAUUAGAAUAGGCCAUUUCCGAGUUCCCCCGGGCCUCUGUUUCAAAACGAGUGUAGGUGCUCAGCCUUUGAUAUGGAGAUCAUUUUUCAUUCUCAUUCAAAUAAAACUCAUUUUCAUAUUAAAGAAAGGUUGUGCACCUAGCCUCAUUUUGAAAAUGCGGGUUUUUGGAACUCGGAUGUAGCGGUCUAUUACAUGGUAGAGUUGUAAGAUUUUUUAUUGUGACCGUUAUAUACUGCAUUACUGUGGUGUUUAACAACUCCAAUGUUUUUAGGUCAGUUUAAGCUGAUGACAGAGAUGUUCCACCUCACGCAUAGUGCCCUGCAUACCGGACUAACCAGCACCAUUCAACAUUAUAACAAACUCUUGAGGUCAGAUAUCUUGGUUCUUAUGUUUCGUAUGAAUGUCUCGGUCGAUACGUCGGUUGAUAUUGUGGCAUCGACCGAUCUGUCGAUACUCGACUGAUACUCAGUCUAUGUUUUUCGAUCGAUACUCGACAGAUAAGCGAUAGACAGAUACGUUCACCGAUGUAUCGACUGAAGCAACGACCAACUCUCACGUAAGAAACAUGAUCCACUAAGACUUAGUUAUCAUCCGUCGAUCCUGAAUCCUGUCAUGGACGCAACGAAAAAAGAUCUGAGGCCCUAAGAGUACGACAAUAAAUUGCCUAGUCAAAAAAGAAAAUUUAGACACAGAUCUACCGGAGAGAAAGCACCUAUUCCAUAAAGGAAACAGAGACGGAAUACAAUAGCUCCUGGCUUAUGGUUGAUUAUCUAAACAACGUAAGAAACCGUUUUCCUUUUUGUAUUCUUCAGAAGUUACAUGAUGAUGACAGAAGCGAUGGAAGGUACUUCGGCGGAGACUGAAGGCCGGAGAAAAUUUCUUGCUGUAAGUUUGGUUUCCAGUUUUAAGUUUGACUGCCUUAGUUGUCGUCUUUGUCUUUUCUUCUAUCUGCAGUGUCCCGAUCCCGACGACUGAAUGCAAGUAGUGAAUUUCGGAAAUACAUCGGUGUUUUCCGAACGAAGCCGAAAGCCAUGCAAUGGCCAGUAUUUUCGCCCGGGUUCCUAGCUGUUGCGUAGGCUCACUUGGUUCCAUUCCCUCGGCGACUGAGCUCAAUUGCCUAAUAUAGCCGCUGCUUGAAUAGAAAAUUCUAUUCUUUCGUUUUAUUCGCAAGAGAUACAGGGCGCCCUUUGGAACAAGAGUAUUGGAAAACUUUUUUCGCGAAAUGUAGGUGCUUUCAAGAAAGAAAUGAUGUUAAGUCAUGUUAACCCAAAUGAUUUGUCCUCUUUAAGCUGUUCGUUCUCCAAUGGGACACUUGUCUUCAAGACGCGCACUUUAUGAGGCUUUGCUCAGAGUUUUACAUCACAAGUGCUGCAUGGCUUCUUCAUCUCUUGGAAAACUGUGCCUCUGAGAAUCAGGUAAAGGGAAUCGUUAAUGGGCUCACCAUUUCUGUUUUCUAUAUCUUAGUACAGUGCAUCUGUGAGUUGAGAUGAAAUACGCCUGCGGCAGUGUUCGUACCAGGAUUUCUUACACUGGGGUCCACAGGACCCGUACAGAAGCUAAAGGGGGUUCAUGAGGUAGAAAAACGGGUCACAAUUUUUAGAUACAGUUGACUCAACGUUUUUACAGGUCUGAGUAUUAGAUAAUGAUGUUUUUUUUUCUUGUAAAGACGCCGUAACCAAUUAAAUUUUGGCUUAUAUGUUAAGGAGAUGUACGUAUGUGUAAGUAUGCUUACGUACGUUUUGUAAUAGGUUUUUUUCCUUCUUUGCGUCCUUGGGACCCCUUGGACUAAUUAUAGUGCGGCACUUUCCGAAAAAGUGCGGCAAUGCCGCAAUGCCGCGGUCUGGUAAGAACCCUGCUGUGGCCGAGGUAGAUAACACCCUCUGAGAUCUGCAUAAUUCUUCAUAUUAUACUCAGGCUCAUUCAAUAUUCAGUUAAAUAUAAGACAGAAUUUUUACACUUUUCUAAAAUUCAUAAAAACUAUCCGGGAAUGGUUUAUUUUCCAUAAUCUCACACGUGAGUUUAUCGAUGAAAAUUUCGGUAAUUUCCUCCAAAAUUUGUAGGCGUCUUGCGUCCUUUGAAUUUUAACUUUUUCAAAGCUUUGCUUACAUUGUACUAUUCAUAUUUUCCCUGUUUUAAAGAGGUUUAACCCACCAUUCUGUGAAAUUGUUUAUUUUAUCGAUGUCUUUUUUGUGAUUUGGCCGAAGAUGAAAUUUAUUUUCCGUGCUAAAACAAUAUUUUACUCACUCGCUGCGCUCGUUCGUAAAAUUUUUUUGCCAAAAUUCCUGAGUUUUAUCCUCUAUUUAAAGACAUGUGUUCUUGGUUUAAGAGAAGUACGUGGAACUAUACACAAUAUUUUCCCUGUUUUUAAGAGGUUUAACCCACCAUUCUGUAAAAUUGUUUUCAGUUUAAGAUGAAAUAAGCAGUUCCUGAGUUCUACGUUAAAGACAUGUCUAUUUUAGCUAAAGUCUUGAAGGUUUGAUCGCAUCCACUUUCAUUCUCACAAGAAAUCAUUUACCACUUAAACAUUUGAAUCUGUGGAUGAAAUCCUAUGGUGUAACGAAAAUCAAAUCAAAUGAAUCCUCUUUAGUAGAACUUUUUACAUCGUUCUAUUUAUUUAGUUUGUAGUUCUAACUUUUAAGUCUGUGGAUGAAAUCCUAUGGUGUUACCAUUCAAAUGAAACCUCGUCAGCAGUACUUUCACAUGGUACUAUUUAUUUAGUAUGUAGUUCUAACUUUUGAAUCUGUGGAUGAAAUCCUAUGGUGUUACCAUUCAAAUGAAUCCUCUUCAGCAGUACUUUCACAUGGUACUAUUUAUUUAGUAUGUAGUUGUAACUUUUGAAUCUGUGGAUGAAAUCCCGUGGUGUUACCAUUCAAAUGAAACCUCUUCAGUAGUGCUUUCACAUGGUACUAUUUAUUCAGUAUGUAGUUGUAACUUUUGAAUCUGUGGAUGAAGUGCUAUGGUGUUACCAUUCAAAUGAAACCUCUUCAGCAGUAUUUUCACAUGGGACUAUUUAUUUAGUAUGUAGUUCUAACUUUUAAGUCUGUGAAUGAAAUCCUAUGGUGUUACCAUUCAAAUGAAACCUCUUCAGCAGUACUUUCACAUGGUACUAUUUAUUUAGUAUGUAGUUCUAACUUUUAAGUCUGUGGAUAAAAUCCUAUGGUGUUACCAUUCAAAUGAAUCCGCCUCAGCAGUACUUUCACAUGGUACUAUUUAUUUAGUAUGUAGUUCUAACUUUUAAGUCUGUGAAUGAAAUCCUAUGGUGUUACCAUUCAAAUGAAUCCGCCUCAGCAGUACUUUCACAUAGUACUAUUUAUUUAGUAUGUAGUUCUAACUUUUAAGUCUGUGAAUGAAAUCCUAUGGUGUUACCAUUCAAAUGAAACCUCGUCAGCAGUACUUUCACAUGGUACUAUUUAUUUAGUUUGUAUAUAGAAAACUAUUUGAAGUAACUUCGCCUGAUGUUGGGUACUUCUCGUUGUCGCUUGUCAAACCUGUGUUAAACGGUCAUCCCGUAUUAUGCGGUCAGGCUGGCUUUUGCCCAAACGUGUAAGCUUUCGUUACCCCUGACCCUAACUCACGCACCGUCACUGGUGUUCUGUUGUGUUACAGAUCUGUUGUUUCGUGGAUUGUUGUGCGACACUCAUUGAGCGCCGAGAUCUGAUGCCUGGUCCUGUUGCCGCUUCGAGAAUUGUAACAGGGCUGCUGUCAUUCGCUGAAAUUUGCUCCCGAAAUAAGAGGUACUUUUGCUUAUUAGAAAAUAUUAGUGACAGGGAAUGCGGCCCAUUAGAGUAUACAAACAAGCAAGCAAGGCAUAACAGAGAACGAAGAAGGAAGUAAAGUGCAGAAAGUCAAGGAUGAAACUUAGCAGUUCUUCAAAGUAGAUACCGUAAAAUUCCCAAAAUAAGCCCCUCCAAAUAUAAGCCCCCCCAAAAAACCCUCCGUUAAAUCGCCCCUCCGAAUAUAAGCCCCCCGGAGGGCUUGUACUGGAAAUUUGCCCUCGAAUACAAAGCAACAAAAAGCAAAAAUGGUAAAUUUCCUUCCCACAACAAACUAGCCCAAUCUCAAAUUUCCCUCUGCACAUAAGCUCCUCCGAAUAUAGGCCCCUCGAAAAAUAAGCCCCUCAAAAAGGGCCUUUGAAAAUUAUAAGCCCGGGGCUUAUUUUCGGAAUUUUAAGGUAUUGUGACACUGUCUUCUUGAGACACUGUCCUCCGAUGAGCUAACCUCAGUGAAAAAAAACAAUCCACCCCCCCUCUCCUCCAUUCAGAGUUGGGGUGUGUGUUGUUUCCUACAGGUACAGUGGUACAACAUUGCAUGGAGGGGGUGGGGAGGGAAAACUUCAUUUUCCCCUUUUUAAGUGAGAAAAAGUCAGAAAGGCCCUGUAGGUCAAAGUGUCUCAACUAAUUUUGUCGCUGAUUGGAGCUUCUGGUCUUACUCAGAAAACAGUGCAAUAUAAUUAUCAGCUUGCUGGACAGUAACCAUAUCGCCGCGAUUUUCAUAUCAGCCCCAUCUUCGUCCUUUCCGUGUUUUUGCGUUCUAAAAUUUUGACCGCAGUAGAAAACCCUUGUAAGGGAGUGUCGAUAUAUUUCGUAUAGUAUUGGUUCCAUUUCUUGAGUCUGCCUUGGGCAGUAAAUCGUCAGCUGAUCAUUGUCGGACCCAUCAUAGUGUUGUGGUUAGAGCACUGACCUUAAAAACCUGUUGUCGCGGUUUCAAGUUCCGCUGCACUGAGCCAUUAGCUCGAGUUGUUUAAAGGGACCUGGGUUGGUAAAUAACCAGACAUGAUACAUUCAUGAGAUAGUUAUGCGCGUUUCGGAACUAGGGAUUUGCGCGGCACCAUGGCUUUCGUACAGUUUGCCUCAGGGUUGCAAAUGACUCUGGGUCGGUGCUGUUUGUUCUGUGUCAAUGUAUUACGUGGUUGUUAUCGCUGUUGUUGUUGUUUUUUUUUUUGGGGGGGGGGAGGGAGCUGGACACCAUUUCUUUGUCUUUUGGCCAUUUGGAGAUUGUGCGGGGAACUGGGUCAAAUUUCCGGGCCCCCCCCGAAACGACCCAUAAACUUCACCCGGCCUGACACGUAACCUCCCGGCCUGACACGUAACCUCACGACUGUACGGGCAGGCUGGGCUAGAUGAAAACAGCGUGUACCUUUUUGUAUCUCCCUAGAACGAAAAAUACUGGAAACGUAUCUCAACUUACCUGCUUUUUUUUUGUUUUGUUUCAGAAAAAACAAGUUGUUGGACACGACAUCUUGGGGAAGGUAUGGAAUCCGACAUUAUUAUUCUUAUGUGGCUCAGUAUGUUUGGUUACUUUCAAUUUACCAAAUGAAACUUCAUUGUUAUUUUCAUCUUACAGUGGCAUUGAAGGUGAUCUGGUAGCUUGCGUUGCCAUGUGUUCAGCGGUGAGAGAGAAACUCUGUCCAGCUCUCCUUCAUACCUAUUGCGCGGUUGACAUCGUGGAGGGCCUGGACGUGGACAAAGAAGAGUUUGACAAAUUUUCAGCUAGGUAUGAACACUCUGUUUUCAAGUCACGUUAUAAGAAGGAGAACGCCAAUGGCUGUUUCUGCUAACUUGUCUCUAUAUACCCCGUCUCGUUUAACUGACUGUACAGAACAAGUAGCCUGCAUAACAAGCGCUUUUGGGCGCUCAUGACGCGCGAGAAAGGGGAGGGGAAGGUCUCCUCUCGCCUGUCUAGCGCCUCGCGCUGCCGCUUUCAAACCCGCCUUUUACGCAGCCUACUGAAUGAACGAACUUGGCUUCGAGACGAUGAAGUGAUUUUCACGGAUGAUAAACCCGGAUGUUUAAAUUGGAUGUUGUAGUUACCACUUAUUUAGUACGAACACCACCAAGUCUAAACAGACCUCAGCUAAGCUAUUUUUGUCUGUGUCAGAUUUGAGAUUGUCAAGUUGUUGGAAAUUCUGUGGAAACGGCCUGAUAUUGCACCUUCAAUUCUGAAAGAAUGCGGAAGAGAAUCCUUUCAGGUAUAAUGUUCUUCUGGUAUUUUUGUCUGUUGACGGUACCCUCCGUAGGUUUUGUCUAAUUUGUGUGAGACCUCUCGCCUGGGGCUAUGCCAUGCUGAUGAGUCCUGAUGAGGACGAAACAGCUGUCCAUGGCUGCCAACACCGGGGUGAUAUGGUUGUGCGCAUGCGUAAGGUACUGGCCAUACCGCGGAGUUGGUACGUGUGCUACAGUGCUUAAAUAGGUUUUGUUUAAUUUUCCAUGUAAGAACGUUCUGACUCGUCCUCAGUUGCCUCUUUUUGUCUUCUUAUCAAUACAGUAAAAACCUGCGAGUAACAACCAGUUUGGCUAAAAUUUGCCAGUUAGGCCCCCUCUAUACAAGAACCUGUUGUGCCCAAAAUUUGAAAAUGGUUCUUAUUUUAUAAAAUUUAUUUUAAAAAAUUCUGCACACUUGGGCAAGUAAGAUGAGUCAACAUUCAGGAACCUCUGGAGACAUAGGUGCCUUAUCACUCCAACUACAAUGUACUGGAUGCAGGUUUUAUAUAAGGAAUAAGCCCAAGACCACUAACUAAGUAGUCUUAGCUACAUUGUAUUUUUCCUUCAGAGAAUAAGAACCCAUUUAAGAACCUAAAUAGCGUAAAUUUGUGCGACUUACCAUUUAUUUAUGUUUGAGUAAAACUAAGACAAACCUUUUUAUUAAUAUAUGUUAGAGAUUGGUUCCAAGAUUUUGAGAUUUUAUUUAAGUUAUAUUUUUAUUUUUUAAGGCGAUUUUCAAUUUUUUAUUAAUGUUGUGGACUCUUAGGAAUAGGCGCUAUACAAAUAAAUUGUUAUCAGUGUUAUUAUGUGAGAACUUGUUUAGGCUAACUUGGGAGAAUGCAGGUUCUUACUCGCUUGUUUUUGCUGUAUAAACGAGCGAAGCGCGUGUAAGGUAUGCGCGCGCGGGGGGAAAUGGGAGUGGAUCCCUCUCUCCUUCCCGUCGUCCCCUUCUCCGAGAUGUCGAAGCAGUCUCCCGCGACCGUUCCGUGACCGCUUAUAAAUGAUAAGAGAAGACUUGGGAAGAGUCAGAUGUUUGACGUAAUCAAGUGGUAACGUCGAUCGGUGUGGACCAAAAAUUGAAGUAUAGAUAUUUUAGAACUUUGAAGAAGAAGAAGAAAAAAAAGGACAUGGCUAGCGUUUUGCACCCUCCUAUACUAAGACGGUAAUCUUUGAAAUUUUUUUGUACUGACUGGAGUUUGUUUAUGUAUUUAAGUCUUUCCUAGGAGCCGUACUGGACACGCUUCUAUACGUGUUAAAAGAUGGUUUGCUACGGCUUACGAACGUCAGAAAACUGCAGUGUGCCAAAAAGUGUGGUACGUAUUUUAUGGCUCUUGCUGUUUUGUUUUCUUGUUUAUGGGGGAGAUUAACCAGAUUACUAGGAAGACAGACCUUCAAUUGUGUACAAAUUGUGUACAGUAUUAUAGUACCGGCAAACAUACUAUCAAAUCACAAGACAGACACACACUUAGAACAUAAGACAGGCUUGAAGGACAAACCAGCGAGCAGAUAAACUGUCAGUCUUAUUGUUGCCCACCUAGAAUAGCUCCGCUAAUUGUGGGUAGCAUAGACCUAACUCAUUUGACAAUUCAAUAAACUGUUGUUGUUGUUGAUGUUAACGCUGAUGCAACCAUGCAAGCAAUAAUGACGAUAUACACUUUUUUCGAUAGAUGAGAAGUGGAAAGAGUUAAGCGUAGAAGAACGUCAGGAAAAGGAGCAGUUUUUAAGGAGCGAGGAACACGUGUCAAAGUCUUUCAUGGAAAUGGUGGGUUUGUAUGUACGUUACACUGUAAGGCAGUAAAAGCAUCUGUACAUGCGUUACACUGAUCAAUCAUGGGACACGUUUCUCUUAAAAGAUAUUUUCACUCCUAAGAGAACACUUAUUUGUCUAAUCACAUUUGAUGAAAACGAUUUAGUUAUUGACUGUUCUCUGAGCUGGUAAAAUAAAGUCCAUGUGGUUCUUAAAUUUUUCUCUAACCAGAGCCUUGACUGAACCUAGAUUGCUUCCCUGGGUCUGGCUCCCGUAGUUGGGUACCCUGUGACCGGUUCGCUCCUUACGUUUCUACUUAUCUGAUUUCAAAGUACUUUGAAUAAUUAAUUUCCAGGAAAUCACAGUAGCUUAUAGUUACAUUGCACUAAUUUUUGUUAUUUUUAGGCUAAUGCAACUUUGGCGUUUCUGGAAAAAAUAACCGAGGAAGACAAAGUAUCGCGCUGUUUCUCGCGUUCUCCUCUUUCCUUGCGAGCAGCGGAUGCGGUAAGCCUUUAUAUAUUUCAAAUUCGUAUCUUACAUCAGUAAAACAACAGGGAAUUUUUUUGAUGUAAUAAGUACCGACGCUUAUAGCCUGCAGACAAGCUCUCCUUUUGGGGCAGUCGCAAGAAGUCACGCGCGAGGGGCAAUCGAAAGGAGAGGCGAAAGCGAUAAGCGGGAAAAGUCCCUUGCGGCUUUGGCGUUCGAUCGCCCGUUGUUUCGCGGCUUGCUUCGCUCGCCGGAAAUGAAGUAGCAGCUGCUCGGAAGCUGAAAGCCAAUUGGUUUGCUAAACAAACCGGAAAACAAUGGUAAACAAUGAAUUACCAUUUUUUAAAAGAACGAAUCAGGAGAGACCUUACGAGCAGCUCCUACACUACCGUAAUGAAAAGCUUGCUCGCAGGCUACAACCCUUAUUACUGUCAGCUCUUCUUAUUUAGCUGAUGUUUGAAAAGGCGAUUGAUUUCUUUCAGAUAAUUGGAUUUUUGCAUUCACUCUGCGGUCGUAAAUGCUCGGAUUUGAAAGUUCAAAAUAUGGAAAAGUAAGUAUGAUUGUAGGUUAAUUUAUCCCUCAAAGAAUUUAUUCUAAAUUUUCCCCUUUUGGCCCCAAAAUUUAAUUGAAAAAGGCCUGUUGAUUAUUAGUUAAAAAUGUUUCUUGAUAGCUGAGAGGUGGUGACUCAUCCUGGCACGUGCUCUACCUUUGUUUUUUCGAGCGUAACCCACACUCCACCCCUCUCGCAAAUAAGACGCCCACGUGUUUUUCCACAUGUAGCCUUCGCUUCUUCCUCGUACCCAGGUUCCUCUCUUUUCCUCCCUCCAGAAGAGACGACCCCGGGAACAAGGUUGCGUUCGCUUUCUCACCGGUGGAAACAUUUCUUUUGUAUUUCCUGCGUUUAUUUUGCAGGUAUUCAUUUGACCCUCGUGAUUUGCUGGUCAAAAUUUUAACAGUGUUAGUGCGCAUGGCAAACGCUAGCGAGGACAGAGAAUUUGUCAAAUGUCUGGCAGCUAACCCUGAUUACAGCAGGCUCAGUAUCGAGAAAGCGUUGUGUGUUGUGCAGCGAGAGAAUCUCGCUGCAGACCACGUGGUACAAGAUUUGAGAAAAGUCAUGCAGGAGGUAUUAUAUUCAUGUAAUAGUUAUGUCACUUAAUGUUUGCAGUAGUCAGCAGUCGGUUAGCUACCCGCUUCCGUUAACGUUAUUUUGAUUAAUGUUGUCUUCAUCACCUACCUAAACUUAAAUUACAGACUCGGGCAUACUUGUCCAAUACUCCGACAAAUUUUUGCAUGGCUUCGUUUAAUUAUUUUCUCAUUGUUUUGCUUCGUUCUUUGUUGUAAUGCUUUUGUUCAGUAUUGUAAUGUGAACAUAAUACAAUGCCAUGCAUAAAUUUGUCAGAGGGAGUGUAGGCCAUUUUAGAGUUGUGUACUCAGUGCCCUGAGUUUUGAUUUGUUACAAACUUUCCUGCUUUUCACGUGCAAAUGGUGGUAUUCUCAUGCUAACAAGCCGGUGAACAUGAUCAUUUACCUAUGAAAACAAGAGGGUUUGUUACAAAACCCGGUCACCGCCAGCCUCGCUUCUAUCCAAAGGCCAGGGCACUGAGCACACAACUGUAAAUUGGCCUAUUGGACAACCCUUAACUCGGAAUGGAUCAUAAAACGUUUCCGGGAAACUGCCCACCUACCCCUCCCCUAAGCCAGCAUUAACACUUACUUCUCACCUAGGACAAAAUGUUGGCCUAGGGGUGGGGUAGGUGGGCAGUUUCCCAGAGGCGUAUGAUGAUCCCUCGGGAUUAACCUUAACGGUUCUGUAUCACGCUCUUUCCUAUCUUUUCAAAAAAGCUACAAUUUGUCUUCGCAUCAAUUGAAUGCCAAAAAUAAUGGUCCAGCUUUGUUUUUCCAGACUGUUUUGUCUCUCUUGCUACGGAUGGCAAAGAUAGACGUUGUUUGAAACUUGAAAAAUUUGGGCCAGUUUGAAUGGUUAGUUCUUUACUAACCAUAAUGCGCCUGUUUGCUAUGGUUAAAGGCUAAAGGCUCUAGGUAAUGACUUAAACACUGAAUUGACCUAUAAAAACAACAAUGUUCUCGUGGCAUGGUCCCUUUUGAGACUGCCGUCCUGAUAUUUUCUUGUAGGUUCAAUCACUGUUAGCAGUAGACGACGAGCACUUCUCCAGCGUUGAACCCGAAAAUACGAUUCCUUCGCCACAAGAGUCACCAGUCAUCAAGGAAGAAAGUGAAACGUACAUUGAAACUCUUGAACCCCUAAAGUUUGACACCGCUGAACUUGUGGUAAGAACACUCUUUCAUUGUUUAGUUGUUAACAUUAUAAUACGCAUGCGCAUUAGAAGUUAAUCAAUUAUUUUUAAACUGUUAUUUUUAACUAUUAUUUAUUUAUUUAUAUUUGGUUGGAACUUUUAAUAAAUUCGUCUAUAAUCAGAUUCGCGUCAUUUUCUAAUCGUUAGAAAGUUAUUGGACGGGUGACGCAGUGAUUCUUUCAAAUUUCGUCAGUGGCUUUAGGACGACAAGCGACGAAGAAAUAUUUUGAAUUUAAUGGCUAUUUGAGUAUGAUCUUGUAAGAAUUGAGUUUCUUUGGUUUCAUCUGUCUUUUGCGUAUGCUUACUUUUUUGGAAACUGCUACUGUGAAACUUCCUAGGUCAUUUAAAGGAAACUUUGACUUAUUUGGUUUUAAAUACCUUUCAGGACUGUCACGCCUUUCGUUGCCGUGCUUCACAGCCAAUUUGUCCCAGGUAAGUAUGCCGCAUAGCUCUUGGAAAUCGUUUGGUUUUUGUCGCAAGUACCGUUGGUUGCAUCUAAGCGUGUACACGUGACGAAAAAACAUGUUCUAAUUGGGUGAAAAUAGGACAUGUUUUGCCGCCAAACUAUUUAAUUCGUCUAAUUUAAAUUUUCUAGACUUUUAACUUUCUGAAUUUUGUAUUUAUGUUUGACUGCUGCUUAUAUGUUUGUCCUAUAUUGUCUGUGUGUUUGUCUGUCUACCUGAUUGUCUGUUUUGUCUAUCUAUUUGUUUGCUUUUGUUUGUUCCCUGCUUGUCCUACUGUUUGUCUGCGAUAUUUUAAGAAUAUAUUUUUAACGAAAUCUUAUGGUCCACGUGCAAUAAAGUUUAUGUAUGUAUGACGUUUGUUGUAGCGUUAGAUGAAUGUUCACGUGCAAACUAAGCUGCUGUUUGUCGACUUUAUUUGUUUUCGAUCAACAAACUAUUCAUCGCAAGACGUUAAGAAGAAUUUCUGGAGUAUUAAAACUCCAAAGAAUAAUUCUUGAAAGCAAGUGUGCUAUUUCUGAGCGAGAAAUAAUACUGAAAAUUGAGAAAAAUAAAAGAUGAGCGGAACGCGCUAAUCAAAAACAUGUAAACAACUUAACCUUUGGCGCGACAGUUUGCUUUAACGGCUGUCAAAAAACUUCAAAUGUUUGGUGGCAAAAUACAUCAUGUCUGGCACUCCAUUAGAACACGUUUUUUUGUCUCGUGUCCACGCUUAGAUGCAACAGACGGUAUUAAUUAAACAGCCUCUUCAAGAAAACUAAGUGAUAAGAACUCAAAGUAAGUUAAUGCAACAAAAGAUAAACUGGUGCUGUUAAGUGUGUGGUGUACCAAGCGUUAGAAAGUUGAGUUUAGCGUGGAGGCAGGUAGAGGGUGGUAAACUUGGUGAAAAUAUAAUGGGAAACUGUGAAAGGUUUGAACCCAGGAGUCAUUUCAUAAGUAGAUGGAGCAUGAUCGUCCGGCUGAUUGUUGUCCUGAAUACGUCUGUUGUUGACAGUGGCUGACGUUUCGAAGACCUGGACCCAGUUGUUCGAAGGCCGAUUAGCGCUUAACCCGGGGUUAAAUUUGACCCGUGUUUGUUUUUCUUAUGUUCAAAAGCAUUUUCUCGGAUAAUUUUCUCUGCUAUUUUCAGAGCUUCCAAUCAUCAACUUGUAGACAAAAAGGAUUAAAACUGAAAUGCUUUUUAAGCUUCCAAAUAUGAAUUCAAAUCUCACACUAACCCUGGGUUAUCUUAACCCGGCUUUGAACAACUCCGCCCUGUGCGGUAGUCAUCUUCAGAGUCAAAAUCAGUUGUAUCACGUCAGUUGAUGGUUUUAAACUCUGGUUCAAUAGCAUCAACUGACGUGAUACUGAAAACCUGAAGUUGCUCCUUACACGUGUUUUCAAUCAUGUCAUUUUUAUUAGAUCUAGCAAGGUUCGGGCUCUUAUGCGAGAAGCGACUCAGUUGAAGAACAGCUUACCCAUUCACCCAAAUGCAGCCAUUUUUGUUAGACAGGUAAGACGUUUUUUUCGAUCCGUUGUGCAUGAGGAAAUCUCCUUAUUGCAAUGACAUUAAAAAGCCUUAUAAGUUUAUGAUAGACUAUAGUGACAUGUCAUGAAGAUAAAACACAAGAUAAACGGAAAAAAAAAGAAAUGAAAUGAAAGGGAAGAAUGAAAAACUGAGAAAUAAAGUGGAGUGGAGUCGAAUGGAAUGGAGUAGAAUUGAGUGAUAUUGAAUACAGUCGUUUAGACUUUUAGACGUUUUAUUAUUUUUUAUUCUUUGCUCAUUCAGGAUGAAAACCGCAUGGACUUCGUUCGAGCGCUUAUCACCGGUACGGUGGACACGCCCUACAGCCGGGGAUGCUUCGUAUUCGAUAUUUACUUUCCAUCGUCGUAUCCUACCGAUCCGCCACUGGUUAAGAUUAUCACCACCGGUAACGGCACAGUAAGGUACGAUACUGUGAUUUAUUCAUACCUUAUAGCGCCAAAAUGACAGUUAUUUCGCCCCAUAUAAGAUAAUUCGGAUUCCGGAAUCCGGGAAAUUUUUGCUUGUGGAAUGUGGAAUCCUGGGCUUUGGAAUCCGGAAUACAGCUCAAGGAAUCCGGAAUCCUACUAACGAUUGAAAUUCAGAAUUCAAAUUCCACUGCCAAAUACUGGAAUCCAGUACCUGGAAUCCGGAAUCCACAGCUUAUAAUCCAGAAUUCAAGACUGUCUUGAACAUAGGCUGAGUUAUUGCUGGUUUGCAGGUGACGUCACGGCGGCCUUGUUGGUGGUCAAGAACAAAAGCAUUUCUCUCCUCCGGGAACUAAACUCUAUUUUCAUGUAAAUUCUUCGAGAAAAAAUUAUAUUGUAUUGACCCCCAACAUGGCCGCCUUGUCACGUGGUUGCAAACCAAGAAUUGCACAUCACCUUCACUUUUUAGUUAAUACUGUAACUGAAAUCCGAAUUCAAUAAAUAUUUAUUAUUCAUCGCAAAGAUUUCCAAGUUCUUUUCAGGAAAUUAAUGUCAUAUUUUUAUUGCAUCUCUAGAUUUAACCCAAAUCUGUACGCCGAUGGAAAGGUAAUAGUGUUCUUUUAUGUUUAUGAGCGAAAGUUUUAUUUUAGUCGAUUCCUUCCAAUUUUUUUUUGAAGCUUGCUAAAUAUGACUUUAUAUGCAGGUUUGUUUGAGUUUACUUGGAACAUGGCAUGGUGGCGAUGCCAGCGAGAAGUGGGACCCAAAGAAAUCAUCACUUUACCAGGUUUGUGUUUGUUAGAAACCUCUUCCUGUAUGUUAGAACCUUCUGAUACAGCAUUAUUGACCAUUACUGAGGAGGUUAUUAAACCUAACUCGGUUUUGUGUCGAAUUGUGAUUGAGAAGAAACGUUACAAGACUAUUUAAAGUAGCGCCCGCGUGAACUAGCGUCAUUUUGGCGGGAAAACGCGAUAGCCGUCGUGAUCCGUCGUGAGAAUGUUAGUGGCGAAGACAAGUUAUCAUUUUGCGAUUGGAAGAGGGCUUAACCUUCUUCAAUAAAAUAAUCGUGUUAACGUUUCUGGCGAAUCUCGUCUUUUUAGUAGUCUUCGUCCUCGAAUCUAACAUUGAGCGGAAAACUGGGGCAAAAUUGUCCCCUAAAGCAGUACCAUAGAGAAAUUCGACGCAACACCUACCCAAUCUCUUGCUUAGCUUCAAAACAGUCAAUAAGAUUGCCACAGGAAAGGGCCUGUCAUUAGCUUUCCUAAGCAGUCAAGUUUUACCUUUUUUCACGCUAGUCAAAGAUUAGAACUGCCUAAUACAAUAGGCCUGUAACCUGUUACAGACAUUUAGAGUUGCGUUACGCCAGGACAUUGUCACGUGACUAUAUUAUGUGACUUUGUUGGAGUCGGACUUUCUUUGGAACUUGACUCGAGACUAGUGGAGAUAGUUUUUGGCUUUAAUUGUUGCUGCUCUGGAAUAGAAUCAACAAGGACUUUUCCGAGUUCAAAAACUCUCUCUUUUAAAACGAAGUUAAUUGCAAAACCUUUGUGAAAAUAAGUUUUAUGUGCGUGAGAAUUAAAAAUCAUUUUCACAUCAAUGGCUUUGCACGUAGCCUCGCUUUGACACAGAGGCCCGGGGGAAAUGGUAAUGGAUGUUAAUUGGUGAGGCGAGAGUUGGGGGUGGGGGCCUCACUGAGAAUUUAUUCAAAACAUGUCAAACGUUUCCAAUGACAGGUUUUCUAAAGUCUUGGUUUGUUUCAACAGGUUUUAGUGUCUAUUCAAGGCAUGAUGUUCACUCCUGAUCCUUGUUUUAAUGAACCUGGUUAUGAAGGAAUUCGCGGCACAGACGAAGGAGAUGUAAGUAAAAUAUAAUUGUGGAACCGUGAAAAAUUUUGUUUUAGUCAUCCUCUGGUUAAUCUAUGUUGUGAAAUGAAAUUAAGUCAUUUUUUAAUUUUUUUUUCGCUCCUGAAACAGAGUUUUUUGUCCCUCGACCUGGAAGACGGCACAGCUCUUUCGUAAUGUUAAAGAUUUGGUUGAGGAACGCAUAAAAAUUUCGGCUAUUAUUCUUUGGGAGAUAUUACUCGUUUGUCGGACGUCAGGCACCUUUGUUUUUUGGUUCCAUUUCCUUCUAUAAGAGUCUUGUUUGUGUUGUCAUAAGAGAGAAAAUGCCGCGGAAAAAAAGGAUAGUACAUCUCCAGGUGGCGUAAGCAGAACUUUGUGUCGUCCAUUUCGGUCAUACUCGUGAUUAAACAAAUCGGACUCCCGUGCACUCGAAUGAUUACGGACCGAAUUGGACUCCACUGAGUCCUAUUACCAUUACAGUCGACUUUCUCUUAACGGACACCUAGAUUUGAUCCCUUCCUUUCUUUACUCUCUUCUUUUGACUCUCUAUAAGACGGACAUCUCUGUAAAACAGACACUGGGUGUCUGUCCCAAAGGUGUCUGUCUCAAGGUGAUGUUACACGAGACGAUUCGCAACCACGAUUUUUUCCGCAACACAGCACUGCAAUGUUGGAACAAUGUUGGAACAAUGUUGUAACCAUUCGAAUCAAUGUCGCAACAAUGUUGCAACGCUGUGUUGCGCUAAAAAUCGUUGUUGCGAAUCGCCCCGUGUAACAUCACCUUAGCUGACUGUACUUAUCAUUUGUCUUCUUUUCCUCCUCUAGGCUCUAUGCAGAGAAUAUAAUGCGAACAUAAAGCUGUAUACAAUACGCCACGCUAUGGUGGGACAGUUAAGGCAACCUACACCAGGUAAUUGCAUACCGUCGCUCCUUUCUAUGAACCCUUUAAGCGCCAGUAUCAACAUGUAUAUUCUCCUCACUGUUGUUCGUAUGUUUCUUUUUGUACUGUUUGAGAGAAUUGGUUCAAGCGUCAAGACAUUUUAUAAGUGCUGACCAUACCGAGGGGAAGUGUGACGUCACGUUGCUAUGGCAGCUAGAUUUCUGGAUUUCACCAAUCUCUCUAGACAGGGACGGUCAUUUGCAUUGUUGGACGAUGGACGAAAAGUGAUAUGGACUACCGUUUUGUCCCCUUGCGCCAUCAAGGACCGGAAAAUCAUACCUGUCAAUUUUUCGUUUUUUUUUCCUGCCAUGUUUGCCAGACAUUUUGCCACCUUAGCAACGUGACGUGACGACUUCUCUCUAUUCCUUUCAUUCUACAUUUGAUCUGACAGUGAUGCUCUUAGGCGAAAUUUGAUACUGAUCACUAUUGGGGCCUGAAAGGUUUAGUAGUCUUCGAAUGAGUGGGGCUGCUCAAAAAAUAUAGGGUGGUACGUCUGAGCAUUUGGAAAUCCUUCUUCUUGGAAGUUCUUGUUUUUCCUCACGAAACUGACUGACCACAAAACUGUUAAAAAUGAUUUGAAUCAACCCUUAGCAAUUCCACAGAAGACUGCACUUCUAUACCAACGUUUUGGUUUGGCCCUUGAUUGUAUUCGCCCUUCUUAGUGUUGACUCUAAAACCUUCUUGCAGUCCUAUACCAACGUUUUAAUUUUGCCGAAAGGUUGAAGUAUUCGCUCGUUUUAGUGUUGACACUAAAACCUUGAUAAAUGUCUGUUAUAUAGGUGGAAAUUUUUCCCAACCGCACGCGUUCCCAUCGACACUACUAGAUCUCAUGAGAGCUAACAAUAAAACUGUUUCCCGUCAAAGCUUUCUAACCGGGUAUCAUUUAGUAAAAGGCCACAGAUCACGUCAACAUGAGUUAAAGGGGGAAUCGGCCAAGUUUGAUAUGAUUUUCGUUUUUUUUUUUCAAGGUUUUGAAGAUGUAAUCCGUGCUCACUUCCGUCUUCAAAGGGAGGAGAUAUUGAAGCAAUGCGCGGAAUGGUUGACACAGUGCGCAGACGAGGAAGAGGAAACACGCAUGCGGAAAGCCAUCGAUUGUUUGAAAGCAGAGCUUGAUAAGUUAUAAAGAAAAACGAAAAUUUCAUUUUCAAAAUGUUAUGGAAGUUAUGGUUUCUCGGAGGUUCUUAGGUCGAUGAGGAAACGUUGUAAAUUGUUGAGGCUUUUAAUAUGGAACUUUGCCUCCUUCAAUGGCUCAAGAUGUAAAAAGCAAGCUCCUCCAGUGUGGCGCUAGAUAUGGCUUCGAGAUAUUUAUGUUUGUUGGUUUUAUAGAGAUGUAUUUGCUUAAAAAGCGCAGUGUGAAGGAGAUGAAAUAGUUGACAGAGAAAUAUUAGGGGUGUCUAUGGUGCCAUUCCUCGGGCGCUAAACGGCAAAUGUCAAACGAAAAACAGAUGUAAACGGACGCAGUUGUCAUUUGUUGUGAAGCGAUCUCAAAUCUUUCAUUUAGAAUUUUCAGGCAGUUCCUCUACCUGUUGUUUGAUAUUGU